GUCGAACCUCUUCUUGUUUGCUCGCGUAGUAUCGGAAUCAGCAGCACCCCUUCGGAGCUCCUCGUCCGGAACCCUAAUCCCUUGCAUAACUCUAAAGUAAUCCUCCCUUCCUCCCUUUCUCAGUGCAAUGUGCCAUUGCUGAUGGCGUGGAAGCGAGACCCAGCUCUCUCUUCUUGAAGUUAGGCAAAACAAGACUGCUGGUCAGUAGUCCCUACAUUGAUGAAAUGAUGGAUCACGAGUUGGAUAGAAGGUUUGGAAGGGGUCCUAGGGAGCUUUGUGGUGCUGCUGAUCUUAUAAGCAGGUUCAGGCUUCAACCUUACCAUGAUUUCUUUUGCAAGAAAGCACUUCCUAUGUCAGUUUCAGAUACAAAUUAUCUCAAAAGUGUGGUGGGAGAUAGAGAAAUUAGGAAAGGAGAAAGGCUAAAUUCGGAUCAGCUAUCUCUAACCCCGCCUCAUGUAAAGAAAGGAGGCUCACAAAUCCAUGUGUUUGACUUGAAAGUUCUCUGGGAAGCUUUUGAGAUUAGACAAGCACCGUCUUUAUGCCUAUUUCCUGGAGUGGAGAGAGCCGAUGCUGCAGUUGCUAAGUAUGGAUACAAGGGCAAGAGGAAGCACAAAAGCCACAGGACUAAGAGAAAAGACAACAAGAGAAGCAAACAUCAUCAUCAUCAUGAUAAUGGGAUCAAGAAGUAAAUGGGCUGGAUAGCUCUUUAUCUAUACUUAAGGGGAACGACCUAACGAGCUAUACCAACCGGUGAGAAUUGGUGGUUCGGAGCUUGCUUGCCAAUGAAUGCAGAGAGGGAAGAAAGAAGGCAACCUGAAAACCUCGACAGAGCCCUCUCAUUCUCUUUUUAUUGAUUAAGAUUAUUCAGAUCUGAUGAUUUCCCCUAUGUUCUAGGACUUCACUUCUUUCUCACCUGUUCCUUUUCUGCGUGGCUUUUGUUCCUGUUUUGAAGGACUCGAGCUCGUUCUCAUUUUAUGGCAUGAUUUUUUCGACA